AUGUCCUCCGGGAGCGGGCAUCCCGGUCUGGCUUUUGGCAACCUCAGCGGCCAGCUCCGUCGACAGUUCCAACCGCACAACGUCAGCACGGCAACCUCCAACAAGCCGUCGCCAUCGCUAUCGCAACAGCACGCGUCUCCAUACCAGACCCAGGCCUACGCGUCUCAACACACGCAGCAUGCUCAGCAGCCACCGCAAAGCCAGUAUUCACACCACCUCUACACGACUACAACUCCUCCGAUUCCCAGCGUAUCGACCGUUCAAAAUGCCGCACGACAACCCCCGACACAGAUGCCGCCAGCGAUGCCACGCCAACGAGCCCCCGCUCCUCGACAAAUGCAGCAGCAAGCCAACACAUUGCCGAGCUAUCUUCAACAAUCGUUGAACCAGCAGCCCAUACCUCAGCAGCCCUUGACUGCCCAGCAGUUAAGCCAACAGCCCAUGAGCCAGCCGCCUAUGAGCCAGUCACUUGGUCAGCAAUCUCUGACGCCAUCGCCCAUGAGCCAAGCGCCGCUGAGCCAGGCCCUCACACAACAGUCCCUUGCUCAACAAUCUCUCGCUCAACAGUCGCUCAACCAGCAAUCGCUUAACCAUUCAGCCGCAGAUCCCGCAAGUGCAGCAGGUUCAAAGGUUCAACAAGUGCAGCAUGUACAACAGCAACCAACUCCUCCUCACCCGGAGCCCGCGGAUGCUGCUCAGGACAACAAUCACGAUGACGACAUGGAGAUUAGUGGACACCAGGGCGAGUCUGGAGAUGAUGAUGGGAGCAGCUCGAGGCUGAACGACGGAACGCCGUUUGUUCCACGACAACCACGUGGUUUGAUGAUGUCAGCACCUCCGGAGGGGGGAAGCUUUGCAACACUGGACGCCAUUCAUAAGCAUGUGUUGGAAUACUGCACUUCGGUAGGCUAUGCCGUGGUCAUUGGCCGAUCGAAAAAGACGGUUCCAGGUCUCAAGAAGGUGUUGUUUGUGUGUGACCGUGCCGGGAAGCCGCCGAAGCGGGUGAGUCCCGAGAUGCGGAAGCGCAAGACGACGUCCCGCAAGUGCGACUGCCCAUUCGGCUUCUUCGCCAUUGAGCAACGCACACAGUGGACCAUCAGAUACCGCCCUGACGCCAUCCACCUUCAGCACAACCACGGCCCGAGCGAAAGUCCUCUGUUACACCCCGCUGCGCGGAAACUGGACAGCAAGAUGGUUGCUGCAGUUAAGCAGCUGAAAGAAAGUGGUGUCGGCGUUACAGAGACGCUCGAGAUUCUCCAGCAGGACCACCCUCAUGUCCCCCUUCUCCCGCGCGACAUUUACAACGCUCGUGCGGCCAUCAACCGUAACCCACAGAAGGUGGCAACUGGGUUGGCGGAGAACCGGCCCGCGAUUUAUAGCAAGCCACAACCGUCAGCCGAGGAGCGCAUCCGUGCGGAUCUGCGCCGUGAGAUUGCCAAGGCGAGAGAGGAGCUCGAGAAGGUCAAGGCAGAAAGUAAAAAGGAGAUUGACGAACUGAAGGCAACAAUUGUCGAAAAGAACAAGAUCAUUGAUAAGUUCGAACAGUUCAUUGACAUCUGCAACCAACGGGUUAUUGUCAGACUGAACGAUACCAACUCAUCGAAUGCUGCGGCGGCGAGCGGAAGCUCUUGA